ACUUAAAAGUUAAAGUAUAAUACACAAACAAAACAUUUAUCCGCCACCGCUGCCAGCAGUGUUUCCUUUCCGCCAACCGCCGCGACUUAACUCAUUCUCGCAGCUGCUCUACGCCGACACUGUCGCUUCUUCCCGCCACCUCCGUCGGCGCUUCUGCCAGUGCUGUCUGCUUACCCUCAUCUGCAAACCAUACUUUUGGCUGUUUAGCAACAUAUCUAAUUGCAACAGGAAAUGGCCGGUCAAUCGAACUCACAACUCUCGCUUUUUUCUCCCGAAGAGGUAGAGUUUAUGGCAGAAGACGAAUUAGUAGAGAUUGUUCCAAAUUUAAAAAUGGAUUCUCUCAAUUUCAUAUCUGGGGAUUAUGGUCCAUUUUAUCCGCAGAUAGCUGCUCAAGUACCAUUGUGGUUAGCACUAGCUUUAAAGAAGCGUGGAAAAUGCACAAUUCGACCGCCUCAAUGGAUGUCAAUCGAAAAUUUGACACAAGUUUUGGAAAGUGAACGUGAUUCUCAUGCAUUUCAGCCAUUACCCUUUCAUUAUGUGGAAAUCUCCAGGCUUCUUUUUGACCAUGCACGUGAUGACAUUUCUGAUGUGUACAUGGUGCGAUCACUUACUGAGGACAUCAGAGACGUAAGGUUCCAUAAAGUGGAGACCAAUUUAGAGAAGUUUACGGCAUCAACAGUGACGUGGAAAAAUAUGUCUGCAAUGGAAGUGAAUAUAAUCCGUGCAUUUGCUGGGAGAGCGUUGCAGGCAUUUUACAAACAUGAGGAUGAACAGGUCAUGGCGGAUUCAGAUAGAACACAAGACCGACAGCAGCAAGUACCUAGUGUCAGGCAAAAACGAAAUCUGAAGCCUAGAUGAUUAAUCAUCAUCCAUUAAACAUCAUAUCCAUCGGAACGUGAGAAUGACUUUGGUAUGACACUACAGUCUACCGAAGAUACUUCCGUUGUUUUUGAUCUCGUUCGUUUGCUUGUUACAGUAAUGAAAUAACACAAUCUCUGUUGAUAAAUUUAUUUUGUGGUAAUCUCAGGGGAUCAAAACCAGGAAAAAGAAUCAAGCAAAAUUGGAAAACAGAAGUAGUUUGGUUUUUGUUUGAAUGGUUUAGCAUUAAUAUGUCAAUAUUAAUCCAGAUGAAUAUAAUUAGUUUGUUAAUUAUUUAGAGCAUCAUUUUUAUUGCUUCUUAA